CGUCACUACCUGUUAAAGUUUAUCCAAGCUUUCACGUCAACAGACUUUGUCAUGUUAAGUUUAUGUUAACCUUCUAAUUUUGCCUGUUAAACUAAAAACGCUGUUCUAUCUAUUAAAUAUAUCUUCAAUUCUCGACGAAAAUAUUUUGGUUUCUCAUAUGAGGAAAGCAAUGAGAACUCGGUCAAGUUCACCUCCAAUUCAUUUGCACAUCGACAACGCCACACCAGUCCAUGUGCAUGUGAAGAGCCAGAGGAGUCCUGCCAGCAUGCCUCAGGGGAAGACCAAGGUCGACAGAGGAAACCUCUGUCCUACAGCCAAGGUCAAAACUCGAGUGCCAUGGAUACCACCAGGAAAGGCCUCCAUACGAGACGCUUCAUACAAGUGGGAGGGGCCAACGCACCGCCUUGAGAUCACACCACCGCUCCCUGAACCCAAGCCUGAACAUUUGCAGUCUGUGCUGCGAUUAGCUGACCUCACAUCAGAAGAAGAAGAAGAAGAAGAAGAAGAAGAAGAAGAAGAAGAAGAAGAAGAAGAAGAAGAAGAAGAAGAAGAAGAAGAAGGGCUGCAUGGACGUAUCAGCCAGUAUGAGAGGAAGAUUGACUGCUUACUGACUGAAGUCAGCUCUCUGAAGAAUGAGGUGGAACUGCAGAAGAAGGAGCAGCUGCUGGAGCGUCAGUCGGAGCAGCUGAGUGUCUCCCACCAGGUGAUCGUGGAGCAGGAGGAGGAGCUGGCUGAGGUGAGCAAGGAGCUGGAGGAGACUGAGCGGGAGAACUCGCGAUUACGCCAGUCCAUGGAGAAGAUGCUGGAGGAGACCGACUACAACAGACCAGACGGGGACAGUAUGCAACAAGACAAAGAUGCUCUGCACAGGAAACUGAUGGCGGCUGAGGUGGACGGGACAGCAGCUGCCAAGCAGGUCUCUGCCCUGCGAGAAUGUGUUUCCCAAAUGUGCGGCCCUAUUGGCAGUAGGCUGUCUGGCUCUGAGUCUUCAGUCUUGGCCCGUCAGAAGGAGAUGUUGCUCCAAAAACUGGAGACAUUCAAGGCCACAAACCGAACUCUGCGUCACCUUCUCAGAGAGCAGCAAAGGUCCCAGAUGGAGUCAAACCGAGUGUCAGAGCAGAAAGAUGCAUUACUCCAGAGACUGGCAGACACAGAGGCAGAAAUAGCUCAUCUUGUGGUGAAACUUCAAGAGAAGGACAGAGAUGUUAAUCAACUCUCCAAACUUCUCGAUACUGAAAAAGACAAUACCAAGAGCACAGCUGAUUUGUCCAAGAGUCUGGAGUCAACAAGAGCUCAUCUACAAGGACAGCUCCGGAGCAAAGAAGCUGAAAACAACAGGCUAACUGUGCGGAUAAAGAACUUGGAGCGAGCAUCCAACCAGCAGAAAGCGGAGAUGGAGCAUCUGACGGAGCAGCUGGUGAGGCUGAAGCAGCAGGCCAGUGCAGAUCGAGAGGCUCUGAAACGAGCCACGCGAGCCCAGAAACAGCGAGCAGAACGCAGCGAGGACACUGCAGGCCAGUUGAGCGUCCAGCUGCUGGACAUGGAAAAGCAGGUGGUGGAUGCACUGUCUGCUGCUGAGAGCUGGCAAAGUCACCAUGCCCAAGAAGUGAAAGACAAGAGUCAACUGGAGAUUGAACUGUCACUGUUGAACAGUCGAGUAGCAGAGCUGACGGAGCAGCUGCAGAGUACAGGGGAUAAAGGCCGAGCGGAGAGAGAAGCCCUGCGGGAUCACCUGCAUGGAUUGACUACAGAAAGCACUGCUGCCAAACUGGAGAACCAGUCCCUCAAGGCUACAGCAUCAGCAGUGGAGGAGAAGCUGGCCUUGUCUCAGUCAGAGCUCCAGCAGGUCAAAGCUUCAAUCCAGCAAUAUGAAAGCCUGCUGGACAGCUAUAAGAUCCAGGUUAGAAAAACCCGUGGCGAAGCCGAUGAGUACCGUGCUCGGCUGGCUCAGGCGAAGCGGGAGGCCCAGGCUGUGCGUGGCGAGCUGGAGCAGGAAAUAGAGGAGGUGCGCAGGGAGCUGAUGGGGCGGCUGGUGGAGCUGGACCCUCUUCCUGAAGCCUUGAGAUGCUCCGAACUCCAGCUGCAAGAGGCUCAGGACAGGGAGCGCAGCCAGGAGAGACGCAGCAUGGAGCUCAGCACUACCCUGACUGAUCUCCGCAUGAAGGUGGAGACCCAGAGCAGCCAAGUAGAGCUUCUGAGACAGAAGAACAAGCUGCUGCUGGAGGAGAAUAGAGAGCUUCAGCAGCGAGUGGAGAGUUUGGAAAGAAAGCUGGAGGAGGCUGGCAAUCAGAACGGCGACCUGCUGGCGGUCAUUGCCAAACGGGAAGACAUCAUCCACAACAAUCAGCUCUGUCUAGAAGAAAAAACAAGGGAAUGUUCCAUGCUGAGCCGAAGGCUGGAAGAGGCUCUGGGUGAUGCUCGCCAACAGAUGUCCGAGACCAGAGAACUAGCUGCCACCAAAGAACGCUCCAUCCAGUCCAAGAUACUUGACCUAGAGACUCAACUUAGCAGGACUACCUCAGAAAUCAACCAAAUGCAGCGCAGCAAAGAGGAGGUGCGGCGCCUGUACCAGAGCCGACUGCAGGAUGUGAAGGAUCGCCUGGAGCAGUCAGACAGCACCAACCGAAGCCUGCAGAACUAUGUCCAGUUCCUGAAAGCGUCCUACGCCAAUGUGUUUGGAGACUUGGCCCUAAGCAGCUCACUGCGUGCCCCCUCACCCAUCUGACAGCCAGUCUGUCAGAGGUGUAUUAUAAGCACACAUUCCAAAACCGUACGCUGGUUUGAAGCUGUUACUUUUAGAUUUGCUAACAGGAGCUGGAGGCAGUGAAGAUGACAUGCAUGGUCAGUUGCCUGGUUACUUGUUUCAUACCAUUUUGAACCAGUUGGGUGAAGAGCAACAGUAUCUAUUGGCUGCUAGUGGGGCUUUUAGAAUGUAAUACUUGUCUACGUAAAGAUGUAUUUAGAACUGAAUUGGUCAAAAAUACAAUAUGUCAUUGGAUUAAAAAAUGAAAAAUCCUAAAAAGAGAUCCUUUUUAGCCGGCAGGCUGCCACCUGGAAGACGACACGAAUAUGCGUCAUUUUCUAGUUUCUGUCACUUUAAAUUUAGUCCAAUAAACAAACUAACGUAACGUCACACGGACUACAGCCCCGUUAACAUCAGAGUUCAGUGAACACAGAGGAUCAGCUGCACCUGAAGAUGAUCAGACAGAGUUCUGACCGGAGAUCAGUUUCAGCAUGUUGGUAUUGUUGCCCUGCUGACUGACUGACAGGCAUUACACAGGAGGAAAUGCAAUACACAAUAUAAAGAAUACAUCAGAAUACAAGAAAUAUACCAAACUACUACAACUAAAAUACAAACAUUAGAGAUUGUAUGGACCCAGUUUAGAGGUUAGGGUUAACACUGCCCACUAAUUCUUUGGAGCAGGUGGCUCAGAAUUACACAUUGAACCUUUAAAGCCCUUAGAUGUAUGAUUUGAAAACAGAGACAGCACUUCUUACACCUCUUUCCACUAUAAUCACAUGGGGCAUACUCAUAGGGGCUUUAAAUCUACGAGACAAGGCAUUCGUUGAAGAUCUGGAAGAGUAGAUUGAUCGUCACCUCCAACAACUUUCCCUUUACUCAUACUUAUUUAACCAGAUGUUUUAAUCCACUAAAUGCAAUGCAAAUCUCACCCCUUGUACAAUUUAUCAAUCAUUUAUGAAAACUACAGAGAGUGAACUGUGCAUCUUACAUCAAACUUUGAUACUGGAACAAAUGUGCAUUAGCAAUGCCCUUCUGGGCAUUUGUAAUGUAAACUCAUUUGGCUGCUUAACUUCUAGUCUGACUGGAUACAUGGUGGCCUAACAAAACCAGAUGUCUUUGUAAAGGGAGACAUACGUUACACAUUUUUGUCACUUUUUCAUAUAUUUUGGAUAUUCAUGCUGUGAACAACUGUGAUCAGACCCAAUGCGGGCACAAGUGGUUUUAGAAAAGGACGGCGUGGUAAAAUAUCUUGCUUACACUAUUAACUCUUAAAAGGUUUGAUGGUUCACACAAACUGCACCCAGCACCUGUUGCCUGCAGUCGUUCAUCUAACCAGCUCGCUGUUGCUGUUACCAGUCCUUGCUGGACCAUCCCAUAGAAAUGUUUUAAACUGCCUUGAAAAUGUAGUCAGGCACUAAUCUCGCUGAAGAACACAUGGAGCCGUACAGUGUUUACUGCACUGCUUUGCUAAAUGAGUUGUGACACUGAAUAGAAGUUACUGUUGUUCAAAGAGAUAGCAGCUUGUUUUUCUUAUAUUUUCUAUGUUUUCAUAAUUUGUUGUUUGAUCUUCUAGACCAAAGAUCUAGACCAAAUAGUGUCAUGUGUAUUUCAGCCUUUACUGGUCUACUGUUUUAACCUGUUAGUUUGUCACCUUGGAGCUUUUCAGAUUGAAUGUUUUCUGACUGGAUAUUGAAGUCAGAUAGUAUUUGACGUGCUUAUUGUCUUUAUCAGACCUUCACAGUGUCUUUUAUUUUCAACCUCAGCUAAUAUGUCUAUUACCAGAAUUAUCAGACUACAUACUGUAUUUGUACUGCUAUAUACUAAAACUAUUGAUUUGUUUUUUAAAUGUAUACAACUCUAUAGCCACCCAUGACAUGAUGUGCUUAAAUGUGUGUCUGCUUUUUGAUUGAAUGGAGCUGAGAACAUUGGUGUUACUGCUGUCUUUGGCUGGUACAAGACAAGGAGUCAAAGCUAUUAUUUUGGGUUUACAGUUUCACAUAUUACAUUAGUGGAAUUGUUGCUUGUUCAUAGAGUGUAUUUAUUAACUGAAUCAUGUAUGUCCACUGUGGGCAAGGUCAAUAAAACAACUUGUUUUCCACCUGA